CGACAGGCAUAUCCUAGUCUUCACUCUGGAAUGCACUUGUCUUCAUCCUCACGUUUACACUCACGAUCACUCUCUCUGUCGCCAGCUGCUGUUUGACACGCCGCUAUCUUCCUGUCAUACAAACACGCUGCGUUUGCCGCCGAAACCACGCCAAUAUGUCUGAUUACGGUGACAACGAGGGAGGGUACGGCCAAGAUGAGCCAGAGACCGAAUUCUACGAGCCAGAAGAGCAGAUCGAAGAUUUUGCACCAGACGUUGAGAUUGACGAGGCAGCAAUCGAAGCCCGGGCUACUGCAGCAGAAGACGGCGAGGAGAAGACAGUGGUCUCAGCCGACCCAAACCAGCCUGCGAAACCCUCGAGUGACGCCGACAAGAAAAUCCCCCCAGAGAAGAGGAGCACCACACGUUACAUGACAAAGUAUGAGAGAGCUAGAGUAUUGGGCACUAGAGCGCUACAGAUCAGUAACAAUGCGCCUGUCUUGGUUGAUCUCGAAGGAGAGACAGAUCCUCUACAGAUUGCGAUCAAGGAAUUAAACCAAAAGAAGAUCCCACUCGUGGUGCGCCGUUACCUACCAGACGGAUGGUACGAAGACUGGACGUGUGAAGAGCUUCUAUGAGCAUAAUGCGCCCGUGGUGAAUUUUGUGCCCUCCUACACACUCUUCGAAUACCCCCGACUGUACGACGCCGAUAAGCUAGAGGCCAUCUAAGCCCAACAUGACUUUCAAGCCACAAGUCUAUAUUGCCACACUGCCCCCAAUGUCAGCUCGACCCGUUCAACGGCUGAAUCAGGCUCACAAAGAAGGCACGGAUAUUGGAAUGGAGCUGGACGCACACCCUUGUGGUCUCCCUCGGACAGUAAUUGCAUGACGUGGUGGCCAGGCCCAGAAUCUUGAAUGAUUUUCAGAGGCCAUCCGCACCAUAUGUACAGGGGCAAGUUUGGAUACAACAGCUCUCCCAGCUUGGCCUCAUUCAAGAGGGCGGAUGGGACUAGCAAUGGGUAGAAGUGAUGGGCGAGCCUGGCUCCUGGAAUGCUUGCACUGAUUCAGCUGUUGCUUGCAAAAGGAUUUAAAAACCGUUCUGCUUUCAAGAAUAGUCAUGGCAGUCCGACUGAUGACAUGUAUGAACAACGACUUUGAUAUCUCAAGUUUUUCUUUCAAUACGAGCACUCUCGUAUAAGCCACUUGCGGG